GUUUUGCCUUAGCAACCAGCUUCUUGUUGACUUGGAAACGGGAAAGUGUUAAAAGUCGAUGGCUAAAGUGAUUGGGGAGAAGAAAUCUAUUUGGCGACAAAUAUGUGACGAAUAUGAGGCAGAGAAGCCCAAACCUCAGGGCGCGGCUGCUUGGUCGGACAGCUCCUCCGUCAGCACACUUGUCACUCAGUACAGCGCCAGCAAACACACUCCUGUAUUCUACGGGCUUGCCACAGCGAAGGUGCCCGUGGACACCGAGCCUCUGCACGACUUUAACCCGCUGCUGAGCCACCCUGCGCUGGCCGGCUACGCCUUGCUGGGCAGCAGGGAACCGCGGUCAGGUGCUGCCGACUCCGAACCCCACACACAUCAACGUCCUACCACCUGCUACCUGCAGGAGGCGCUGUUUCCUACACUGCUCCCCGGCCUGGAAGCCAUGCUUUCGGAGGCACUGAAACACCAAUGUCUGCAGAGGAAGAGGACGGCUUUCAACGCCUGUGACUUCCUCACACAGUGGCUGUACAACAACAACCCAAGAAGGGUGGGCCAUCCCCCUAUGGAGCUGCACCAGAUCCCCUUCGUCAGAGACUGUCUAAUCACACAUCCCAGGCCCCCUGUUCCUCUGUCUCUGCUGUUGUCAGAUGAACAGGCCGCUCUCCUCAUUCAGUCCUUCUGGAGGGGUUACAAGGUGCGUGUUGUUCCCGAGGUGCAGGAGCUGAGGCAGUGGCAGAGGGAGCUGAGGGAGAAGUGUGACAUCAACAAAACAGUGCAGGAGUUCUGGGCACGCCAAGAGAGCAGAGUGGGUUCUGAGCUGGUUGACCUUGGGGAGCUAGAGCAGCUCAACCAAUCAGACGUGUCCAUCCAGGUGCUAAGCCCCACCCCCCAGAGCACAGUGGUUCACACACCGGUCACCAUGACGACCCUGGAGGGCACCGCAUACUUCCUGACUCCCAGCAUCCCCGGCUCAGAGGUCACGACCCUGGUUGCUAUGCCGCUGAGUGUGCCCGAUCCUGGCCUGGCGGUCAUUUCUCCAUCCCUACUGACCACACACACCAACACACACUAAACGCCAGUGUGUGAGUGAGUGUGAGGAAGUGUGUGUGUGUGUGUGUGUGUCUGAGCUCAUGUGACCACAUAUUUAGAUUGGACCACAGGCUCAUAGGCCUCAUUCUCACAGCAGGAUUCAAACACACACACGCUCACCCACACAUGUACACACACACACACACACACACACACACACACCCUCACCCACAAAUGUACACACACACACACACUCACCCACACAUGUAUACAGUUAUAUUAAAAAUGAACUGUCUAUCCAAUAUGACCAAUAUGAUAACAUUUUCAGCAGAGCUUACAGUUGGAUGUAUACUGUGUGUGUGUGUGUGUAUCUGGAUGUCAGUUAAUAUAAUGGGAUGCUCAGGUAAAAACAUAUUCAAACAUAUUCAUGCAAAAAUAUGAAGUGGAUAUGUUUAUGAUUUUUGUGUUAAGAAAUAAAAAGAAAACUCUUAAUUUAU